GCGCGAUAGCAGUCGUCGCCAUUAUAAUUGCUGUUGGUGUCGGAGUUGGCGUCGGAAUUGGUGCCACCAAGGGCAAAAAGUUGACGAAAAAGGAAGAUGUGCAGUCAUCGCAGCUGGCAUCCCCACCGCCGCCGGCUGCUGCUGCUACAAGCAACGAGCGCGUGGCAAACCUAACAACCGUCAAGAACAAGCUGCUGGGUUACAUACCCGUGGACAUCAAGAAUGCAGACACCAACGAGCUGAUAGAUAGUUACAUUCUGCAGAUCUCACGCAUCCAGCCGGUGACGCAAAUACUUAGCUACAUUUUGCCGGUCAUGGGCUUCAACGGCACUGUCGUACAGCCGCAAGCGAUUCAGAUGAAAAUCCACGCCUGGCUUGAGGAAAGCAAGGUGGAUAGCAGCUCGCUUGUGGCCACGAUAGACAACCUAGC